UGACGUUCACGUGAUCACUUGUAGCCAAUUGCGAAGACAGAAGUCAUUUCGGCUUGGGAAACAUGGCAGCGCCCAUGUGCUGCUCGGCUGGUGAUCUGGACAAAUUUCGAAUAGCGUCGCUGCCUGACAACGUCUACUACGUUCCGAAUUUCAUCACAGAUAUUGAAGAGAAAUACCUCUAUGACAAAGUCUACGAUGCACCCAAGCCAAAGUGGGUCCAACUCGCGCACAGACGGCUCCAGAACUGGGGUGGACUGCCCCAUCCCAAAGGCAUGGUUUCGGAAGCUCUGCCGCAAUGGCUGAAGGACAUAUCUACCAAAGUGGCUAGCUUGGGAGUCUUUGGCGAGAAGUUGCCCAAUCAUGUCCUUGUCAAUGAGUACAAGCCUGGCGAAGGAAUCUUGCCUCACGAAGAUGGCCCACUGUACUAUCCAGUGGUGACCAACAUCACCCUGAAUUCGAGCACCGUCAUCGAUUUCUACAAGCCAAGAAAAAGCACCACCUGCGAAGUAACUGACAAUGCAGAGGACACAGAGAAGAAUUCCUACAUAGGCUCGCUUCUGCUGGAGCAGCGGAGCCUCUUGAUAACAAGCGGCGUGAUGUACACCGAUUACCUCCACGGCAUUGAGGCCAGGAUGGAAGAUGUCAUCGACAAUUCCAUCAAGAACAUCAAUGCCUGUUCCGUGAAACAGGGAGCAGUGCUACAGAGGGGCACAAGAGUAUCCCUCACCAUACGAGUUGUUCCAAAAGUGCUCCGUGCGAAUGUGCUCCAAGCACUGUUCAAGAAGUGAACCAUCUUUACAGUCGGAGACAUUGGAAAUGUGCUUAUUUUGUAGUGGUCAUGAUUCGUUCAUGGAGGCAAUGAGAUCGGAAUAUCUCAGAGUCAAAAUGAGACUUUUGGCUCACAGAUGCGGCUUCCAUCCACAGGGUGUCUAUGAUGUGUUUACUAGCCUGUCAUCGUUUCAUGUGCCUACCUCAAAUUUGCAUGACGGUCAUAUAACAGGCCGGGAAGAUUUUUUUUGUUUGUAAUAAAAGCAAACCACACGUCUUUGUCUGUCUUUUACGUCUGAUUUCAUUAUGACAUAUUGAAUGUGGUUCAUUUGAUACAUCGUGUGCAGGGGUGUCUGCAAAUUGUUGCUUUACUUUUCACUUCAAAGGUCCUUCAUUCUCGUGGAGUGCAAAAGCUGUGACGAGCACAAGUGGUGCCAACGAGCAGUGUUAGACAGAAGACUUUAGCCGAUAACCUAGUGGGAGAUAUGUUUCAGAUGCUUCUGAAGUUUGUGCUUUUGUUGGAGGUAGCUCGUUACACAUGCAGCAUGGUGAUAAAAGAAAUGAUCUUCCAGCUUUGUUGUAAAGUUCCUCAUUGAAAAUGCAACUGUGCCUUUUAAUCGGCCUUCUUGAAUCACAGCUGGAACUCUUGAAUAAAGACAUUUGAACGAGAACAACAUCCCUACCUGAUUUGACUUUUAUAUGAAAUUUGUCAAACAUAGUUAAUCCACUUGUGAAAUAGAUAUGACCCUCGCGAAUAUUGUGCAUCGUGCACAAGGAACCCGUAAAUUCGGCAAUGCGUGUUGUCUUUAA